AAGGGACCAAAUAGUUGCAUGGGAGUCGCGGCGGUCACGGCACGCAGCCCUGGACGCAGCGGCACCAGUAAACAAAUGGGUCGAAGGCGGCCACUAUACAACUAAUUACUGAUGGACGCCGGAAUUUGACACCUAACUCCCUGAUUUCCCACGUCCUCUCGCCCUCUAGAGGCUCCCUGGACCGCCGAGGAGAUGGCAGACACACUAGUGCAGUCCAAUCUGGAGAAAAUAAGCAGCUUCCUGCAAGAUGUGCAGUACCGCUCCCUGAUGAUCAACAGUGCCAACUACAAUGUUCGGCUCAUGAGGGAACGCAAGACCCGCCUCCCAUUCCUUGAUUCACAGACAGGAAUAGCCCAAAAUCCAUGCAAGCUGUACAUGAGUGCCCGGCACCGCAUGCCGGGCACUGCCGAGGGCCAGCUCUAUGUGUACCCGUCCCAGCGCUGGUGCUGUCGGAAGCGGUCUUACAUGGCGCUUGCCCACCAGCACUGGCUCUUGAAAAAGGCCAUCAAGGAGCCUGAGGGGGACGAGCACACCAUCGUGACUGUUGAGAAUCCGGCAGCUGUCACCACUGAGGAGAACAACUUUGCUUAUGAGGUGAAGCACCUCUGCUUACCUCAGGAGCAGUACUACUUUGACGAAUCAGCAUUUCUGGAGGAGGAGGAAGAAGAGCCUGAUGAUGAUGAUGAUGACACAUACUCCACACGUGCUGUCCCCACCAGAAAGAGGAAAAAGCCCCCAAAGCUGCCUAAGCCUGUUAAAGUGAAGACCCCAAGUGGGCGAGGACGAGGCCGCAAGAAGGACACCCAGCCUAAGGUGACAGCAGAGGGGGAGGAGGAGACACCAGGGAAGCCGUAUGAGUGCCAACUGUGUGGCGCUCGGUACAAGACGAGGCAGGGCUUGUCCUACCAUCUCUCGCACACACACAAAGGGGGCAGGGCUAACUCCGGGGGCGGGCGUUCCCGCGGGGGCGGCAACAGCAACAACAACACUCCAAGUGCUCAUCCCAGGGCUGAUCCAGCCAGCUACCAGCCGCAGGCCUUCCAGUCUGAUGCCCUGGCUGGCCUGGCAGAAUUUCAGGACAAUUACCUUGGCUACCUGUCGGCCGGUCAAGAUGCUUCACCCACGGGCCAGGGUGGGUCCGGCACUACUAGCACCGCCAGCAGUAGACGGUCCAGUGGGGGCGGCCUAGUUGGGGCAGGGGUGCCUGUGCUGGGGGGCAACAGUUCUCCCGUGGCCUCCAGGGGUGGCAAGGUUCCCACCUCCACCGUCUGGUCCAGUCUGGCCAGUGUGGAGUCGGCUGCCUCCCUGGUGACCUCCACCCCUGCCCCGGUGGUCACCCCAACCCCUGAGCCACAGCUGAGGGAGUCGAGCCCUGCUGGUCUUACUCCUCAUGACCCAGAACAGCAGCUUGGUGUGGCUCCAGUGCCGGCCCCGCCACACCCCCCAAAGUCCAGUGGAGUGGAAAAGGGCCGAGCUCAGCCGAGUCCUUACUGCGACUUCUGCCUCGGGGACACGUCACUCAACAAGAAAACUGGGGAGUCGGAGGAGCUCGUAUCUUGCUCUGACUGUGGCCGCUCGGGACACCCAACCUGCCUCCAGUUCACCGCUCAUAUGAUGAUCUCAGUGAGGCAGUACAGAUGGCAGUGCAUUGAGUGUAAAUGCUGCACCCUCUGUGGCACUUCAGAGAAUGAUGAUCAGCUUCUCUUCUGUGAUGACUGUGACCGAGGCUACCACCUGUACUGCCUGCGGCCUCCCCUGCAGGAGCCGCCUGAGGGUGAAUGGUCCUGUGACCUCUGCCUGCAGCAGUUCCACACUAAGUGAAGCUACUGGUGACUGAGCCACAGGCACCAGGCAUUGCCGUGAGGAGGACCAGUGUGUUGCUCUCAACCUGGCCUAGCUAGAGUUAAGUUCUGACAUUUGCUAGUAAAAAUUAAGGUUUUAAAGUUUAAGCUUGACAGUAAUUCAUUUUAUGGUGUGGAAAUGAAUAAUGUUACAAAUAAGAGAUACAUGCACUUCAAAUAUUUCUUUGUAAGAAAUUUCAGCCCUGCAAGACUCCAUAGUCUUUCAAUAUAGUGAUCUGAAUGAGAAUUGUAGCAGUAAGAGAAGAGAGUUUUGUCUUGCAUGACUGCCUCUUCAGGGUGUGUGUUGUGCUGCUGCCCACAACACAGUCUUCCCUGUGUCUCCCUGUGGCCUGGAGACAUGCUGUUCACUCUCAUCACAGUGUUUGAUGAUGUACACCAAUUGGCUAUGGUAGUCAGUCUGUCUGUAUGAUCAUAAAAUUAAAGCUAAUUUUGUGUCUGCAUGUCAUUUAUGGUGCAGUAUUUAUUUGUAAGAAAGUAAGAGCUUUUAUCAAUUUUUAAAACUAUUUAUAAAAUUGAUUUAAUUCAUAUGGCCAAUUUUCACUGUCUGAUGAGCCAGUCAGCUCACUUGCCACCUGCCCUGUGACUGCCACAAAACUGUAGUGUUGUGCUGAACAGGUCACAGAUAAGAGACCUAUCUUUUUGUUUAUUUGCUCAUAAUCUCAGCGGUAUCUGGUGCAAUUUCAUGAUAUACUUGUCUGAGCGUGUUUUUGAGAUGCUCCGAAUUACCGUAGCGUGUGAUUAUGUCUCUGAGAGUGUUGAUGCUGUACCUUUACUGAUCCAUGCAGCAUGUUGAGUGUCUCCUAGUGAGUGUGUGGAAGACCUUAGUUUUAUUCCCCACCUGAUUUUGUCUCCUUUUGGACACAGCCAUGCAGAUAUUAAGCAAUAUUUUUUUCUGACAAAUUUUCAAAACAGUUGCAAAAAGUUAUAAUACUUAGAAAAAUAUUGUGGAAGGGUGGGUGUAUGAUGUCCUGUUUCAGAAUAACAUUGCACGUGAAGAUGCUGAGAAAGAUACAUGUAGUGUCAAAGAUAAGAGAGUGAAGUUAGUACAAGAAAUUAGGUCAAGAAUACCCUUGUGUAUCCAUAAGUUUUCAGUAGCUUCUUUGGUGCAGAAAUGCAACAAGAAUUCUGAAUGAUACUACCAAUGCUUUAGGAUUUUUUAAAUUGUACAUAUAUAUCCACAAAGGCAUAUUAAUAUUAGAUUAUAGAGUUAUUAGCCAGAGUUUAAGCUCUAAUGUGAAUGAUGAAGCCUGGAGUGUUGUGUGUGACUGUAGUAGUGAUGAUGAAAGGCUGACGUGAUGUGCUGGUGGUGGGCGGUGGUGUUAGGCUCCCCAUUCACCAGGUGCACUAAGGAGGGAGGUGGCAGCAUGCUUUAGUAUGAGAGAGUGAAAGUCAUGUUAUCAAGAAACUUAAUGGUAUCUUCAACAUUCUAGCUUGAUAAUUUAGUUUGUUUGUAAUGUUACUGGAAAUUAGAAGUGGCCUUUGUACUGCAGUGGAGAGGGUGGAGCUGCUGAGGAGGAAGUAUAAUGUAGAAAAUGGACCAGCGUGGAUGUUGGACAGAUGUUUCUCAACUUUUAUAAGGUUUUCAUUUCUGGAGACAUGAUCAAAGUUGGGUUGUGACAAAACUGUUGAAUAUUCAUGUCCCCAAGUCAGAGCAGUAUAAGCAUAACCACAUUGUAAAGAAUUAGUGUGGCGCACCAUUUCAUAUUCAGUUAGUUCUACAAAUAAUGUGUGGAACUUGAGUUUGUGAGAGCCGGGCAGUGAACCUUUGGAUGAAACAAGGUAGUUGGUUCAGGGCUUCUCUAGACACUUGCCCAAAAACUUCUUUAAUACCUGAUGAGGUGCACUUAUUUUCUUCAUAAUUUCUAGGAAAGUGUCACAUUUUGAAAGGUGAAGGUAGUGUUUAACUUUUGUGGUUAACAGGUCAAGUGGAUGUCCUGUGAUGGUACAUCAACACUUCCCUGUUACAGGGAUACUAAUUGUAUCAGUAUGGUGUGCAAAAAAGUAUGUAUAUAAAUUUAUUGAUCUACAUAAUAAUAAGUAAAAGUCAAGGAGGAUGGACAUGAUCUAGGUUUGGCUCAAGGAUGACUGGUUUUGUGAAUGUUUUGUGUAUAUAUAUAUAUAUAUAUAUAUAUAUAUAUAUAUAUAUAUAUAUAUAUAUAUAUAUAUAUAUAUAUAUAUAUAUAUAUAUAUAUAUAUAUAUAUAUAUAUAUAUAUAUAUAUAUAUAUAUAUAUAUAUAUAUAUAUAUAUAACUCAAGCAAUCCAUAUGGCUGUUCAACAUCAGUCCUGAACUAGACAGCAAACACAUGUCUCUGCCUCCAGUGAGUGAAGUCAUUCUGAUGUUGCUGCUGUACUAACAAAAUGAGAUGAAUAGAUGAGAUAAAUAAUCAAAUGUGAAGUGACAGCAACACUAUGAAUGAAAUUGAUAUUUUUGUGCAAAGGUAGAAUAUUCAUGGGAUAUCUUAAAAUAGCUCUGAGAUGCUGUGAAACUUUGUGCAUCAUUGUAGACCAAAAAGUUAAUUAUGGUGUAAUGAUAAAGUAGAAAUUGUGAAUCCUGUGCCUCAAUCAUUGAUGGGUUAAUGAGCAUGAAAGACAACACAGUAAGUAACACUGAGUAAGCCUAUGCUGUGUUGCCCUAAGAGUGGUGUGCCACACAGUCAUAAAGACAUUACUAUUUUUAUGUGUCUUAUUUUUAUGUUGAGUUAAUUCUAGACUUGCUUAGUGAUGUAAAAUUCAGAAACUUUAUCAAAAGAAAUUAUGGACAAGAAAUUUUCCUUGUAAACAUCUGGAAUUACCCGAGUUAUUGCAUAACAUUGAGUGUGGCUGUGUGCAAGUGUACUGCCGAUACUAUACAGUACAUGCACAGAAACAAAUACACAUGAACAGAAGAGAGAUUGACUUUCCUCAUUGAAAUUGUUCUCAGAGCUGUAUAAGAUGAAAACUAGAGUACACAAACAACUGUAGAUCGUGGUUGUUUUGGAUCAGCCAUAUUUCACCGUGUUAUGGGUGUUCUUAGAACUCCUUAAGAGUAAGAAGUUAAGGGAUGACCUAGCAGCCAUCCUGGUAAGCUGUGGGAUGGCAGGUUGAAGGUACAAACUAUACAGUAUGCUCUCAUAAGGUUGUUGAUAGUGUAGAUCAAUAUUAUGUAAGUUUGAAUGGACACCAACAAACAGACAGUCAACACAACCAUUCUAAGUAGGACAGUUUUGUGUGCAUCUCUUGCCACUUAGUCAUUUUGGUUCAACAAGGAAAGGAUUUUUUUGUGUGAUUAUCAGGUUUUGUUGAUGGCGCUGGAAGUGAAUGAUUCACUUGCAGGGUGUGAAUGUGCUUGCUUGGAUAUCUGCCGACUCAUGGAAUGAGUAAAGGCUCUAAUGAAUGAAUCAGAAGGCAAGCAGUGUGUCAGAUAAACAGUGAGAAGUGAGAAGUUUGAUGGAAUGUAGACUGAAAUGUGCAUAAACUUUGAAAAUAAAUGUCAGAGGUUAUUGUUUAUGAUUGUGGUUUGGUAUGGAAAGAGGAUUAAGUCAGUGGAUAUGUAUGUGGUGUUAUGUGGUGCUUGACUAAAAUUGGAGAGUGUUGCUGAUGCAUCUUUCCUGGUGUAAGGAGUAAUGGUGCCUGUACAUGAAGUGGAGAGAAAAAUUGAAGAGAUUAAUAUAUACUGUGUGUAUGUGUGCAUGUUGGAGUGAAAUAUGAAAAAAAGAUGAGGUAAUGUUAGUCUUGUAAAGCCAUUCUUUGUGAAAAUGAGAUCUUACAAAAUUCAGGACCCAGUUGACUAACUUGUUCUAAAGAGUGUGAAGUCAGUCAUGAACAAUGAAUGGUAGAUGUGGAGUUUUUAUGUUAUUUAUUUGGGAUUUUAUGAGAGUGACAAGAAGAGCCUUGCAGUUUCUUGAAAAAAGUACAGAAGACAGUGUGACAAAUUGGUUUUCACAUAAGAUAGAGAGGGAAACAUACGGAGUCAUCAAAGGGUGAGCAGCUUGUGUCAGAAGCAUUCCUCUCUCUCCACAGUGCUGGGAGGAAGGGAAAGGCAGACCAGGAAUGAAUUGAUUUUGCUUACUGAUCUGUGGUGUGUGUGUGUGUGUGUGAUGGCAUGGAGAGAUAAGCAUAAUUUUUUACUGUUUUUGUUGUGUAGAAGCCGCAUAAUGUUUGGUAGACAGCCCAGCAGAGUAGUCUUUCUGUACAAGUUGACUCCCCUUUUGUUACAAAGGUGAGAGGAGGUUUGGCCAAGUGUGGGUGUGUUCUGUUCUGUGUUCAAUAUAACUGAUGCCUGGUUUUAUAAAGACAUCAUAGCUAUAUAUAUCCUUCUUGCUGUAGUUGUUAUGAUUUUACAUUACUAAGUUGAAAGUGCAUUGUUAGGCAUGUUCUAUAUUCAAUGGCCAAACAAGAUAUUUAACAACCAGACCAGGCAGGCUGCAAUGGUGUGUGUCUAGCCUCCAACCUGGACAGAUAUAGUGUCCUGGUUGUUUGUCUGGUCUUAGUGUUGACAUCCAGUUAGUUUGGAUGCUUUACAUUGUGCAAUGAUCAUUAAUGUUCCAGAUGUGAUGUGGGGGAGCUGUGGCCCUUCCAUUGUGUGAUGGCGGAGGGCCACAGUACGCCAAAAAAAUGUAUUUUUGUCAUGAUAUUUAAUUCCAUGUUUAUUGAUAUGAAGACGUUUAUGUAGUAUAUAUAUCGUAGAGACUCUAUUUGCUUUCAGUUUUUGUCAUCAGCUUAAGUUCUAGGCAGCAGAAUAUGCAAUCAUUGCCACCAAGGAUGCAUGUGUAGCAGCGCUUCCUAAUACCAACAGGAGAGAAGACACGCUGUCAUGCCAGCCAGACCACAAGUGGACUUACCGUUGAAGUACAACAUUACUAUUUUUGGAGAUUUCAGUGUUCUAAAUUUUCCAUGUUUCAUGGUGUGAAUAGUAUAUUAAUUUUAAUGUUUUCAUUCAAGUUACAAUUUGUAUGUUAUUGUUGAUGAGAUUAACAGUUCUAGUUGAGGCUUCAGAUCCUAUAUGCCUUCAUUAAUUAUUGAUGUAUUCUGCUGUUAAGAACUAUAGCUCAAGACAUGUUGUUAAUUUUUGUUGUAUUUUAUGAAUCUUCCAAGGUGUUUCUCACCCCACAAGGGUCUGUGGGGUCUCCCAUGGCUUGUUUCUCCCUAGAUGAGAAGAGAGAAAAUUCCAGAAAAUAGAAGAGAUGAUAACAAUGGCCAUUGGUGUACAAACAUUUCUUUGCUUGAUAAUGGACUUUGAAGAAUAAUUAUAUACAUUUUUCCAGUAAUGAAGACAAGUGUUUAUGUAAUAUGUAUUGAAGCAUCAUCACUUAUUGGUAGGUAAUGCUUCUCCAUCCUCCACAGAUCCGGGGUGAUGCACCUUAUAUCUUCUUUUUCUUUUGUCUUAUUGAGGAAUGUUGAAAUUUUAUUGUCUUUCUCAAUAUGUUUCUGGCUCCCAAUUGUUGCAAUAGAAGUGAAUUCAACACACAAGUUGAAUGACACAAGGCUCGUGUACUGGAAUCUUCAAGUUUUCAUGUCUUUUUGCAAACCAAUUAACAGGCACCACAGCACUAUAACUCUUAAGCUUUGAUUGUAGUUAGAUCCAUAAGUGAAGCCUCAGCCACAGUGUCCACAACUGUUACUGUUACAGGCAGUCGUGUAGGUUAUGAAAGCAGGGGUCACUUGUCCAUUGCACCAACACUGUUCCUCACUCAUCACUACAUACCUGCUUAAAUGACACUAUAAUACUCCAUUUGAUUUCACUUAAGUGGAAAAGUACAAAACCAAGGCAGUAAUAUGUAAGUUUCAAACACUUUUUUCUUAACCUUGGUUUUCAAGCAGUGUAUGAAAUUUUAAUCCUGUUUAAUAGAUUCUAAUUAGUGUGCAGAGGGAGAGUGUGUGCACCUAAUUCAAUUAUGCCUUUAAAAACCUGCAAGGUACAUAAUUUUCUAAGGUGAAUCAUUAAGUAGUGAUUUGAGUGAAGCAAGUAGUGAUGGCAGAGUUCUUAUUGGCCAAGUGACCCAUUGCUUGAAUUUAUCACCUGUACACAUUGCUUUCUUUAAUGUUUCAUCUUGGAGUAAGGAACUGCUGCCUCAAUCCACGACAGUACUGAUCUUUCACAAGUAAUCACUCAGCCAUCUCUUACAAGUUGCCACCCAGUUCUCUCACUCUUGCCCUUACCUAAAGAAAUCGUCCUGGACCCAGCAAUACUUACAUAGAUACUUAUACCAAUGUUUCUUCAAGGCCUGCUUUGUUAUAUCAUGUAGAAAGUACUGUGAAAUGAUUUUUAAAUCAUAUGUUGCUAUUAACAGAGUAAUAGUUUUCUCCAUUUGUUCUUUUACUCUGUAGAACAUGCCAAAUGUUAAUUUAUCAGCAGUAAGAUAGUACAGCUGGUUCCUUGUUCCAACCAAUCUGAUCCCCAGCCACCUCUGUGCCUCCCCUAAAGGGCUGCAGGGGUUUUGAGCCAUCAGUGGCCUAAGAUGUGGCCUUGAGAGCAGCCUUUGGGGUGAGGCUCAGAGACUGCUUAUGAGAGAAAAAAUUACUUCCUGGCUAUUUUAGUUCUUGUUCAUGGAAAUUGUGCAGCGUCAUAAUUGUUGAUGUAAUGAUAAUAAAAAUCAUCUGUAAUUUA